UCACUGCGGAAUGAUCUGCCCCGGGGCUGCUGCUGGGGGCAGCGGGGAAACAGCAGCACCCGUCAGUCAGUCCUGAUGUGUUCUUGGUGGGGACAGACAGCUUUUGCAUGGGCAACCACCACAGGACUAUUUUUCUUUUCUUUCCCUACACCCCAAAAAUCCACAGGUCAUUUCUCUGAGCUGCCUGGGACAGCCCCAUGCUGUUGGCACCAGCCUGACUUCAGGAGGGACAGGUCUGUGGAUGUGUUGCACUCUCUGCUUGGGCUGGGGUGCAGUGACAAGGCUCAGAGCUGUGCCUGCUGCUGCUCUCACCCCACAACAGACUUGCUGAAGGAUUCCUACCCCUCCACAGAGCAAUAAUAAUGACCCAGCUGCAGUUUAAAGAUGCUUUUUGGUGCAAGGAGUUCACCUUCCACACUGGCUACGAGGUGCUCGUACAGCGGCUGCUGGAGGGGAAGAAGAUGUGCAAAGAUGUGGAGGAUUUGCUCAAGCAGAGAGCACAAGCAGAAGAGAGAUAUGGGAAAGAGCUGGUUCAAAUUGCCCGAAAAGCAGGAGGACAAACAGAAAUCAACACACUGAAGGAAGCGUUUGAGAUGCUCAAGCAACAAAUUGAAAGUGUUGGGAACUCUCAUAUCCAGCUGGCAGUAAUGCUGAAGGAAGAACUGAAAGGAAUAGAGGAGUUCCGAGAAAGGCAGAAGGAGCAAAGAAAAAAGUACGAGUCUGCAAUGGAGAGGAUGCAAAAGAGCAAACUGUCCCAUUAUAAGAAAACAAUGGAGGCCAAGAAGAGCUACGAGCAGAAGUGCAGGGAGGCAGACGAGGCCGAGCAGUCCUUUGAACGCACCAGCGCUGCCGGCAACCCAAAGCAAACAGAAAAGAGCCAGAACAAAGCCAAGCAAUGCAGAGAUGCAGCAAAUGAAGCAGAGAACGUUUACAAACAGAACAUCGAGCAGCUGGAUAAGGUCAGGACAGAGUGGGAACAGGAACAUAUCAAAACCUGUGAGGUCUUCCAGCUGCAGGAGUGCGACCGCAUCACCAUCCUGCGGAACUCGCUGUGGGUGCACUGCAACCAGCUGUCCCUGCAGUGUGUGAAGGAUGAUGAGAUGUAUGAAGAGGUUCGGGUCAGCUUGGAGAACUGUGUUGUAGAGUCAGACAUAGACUACUUCAUUAAGACAAAAAUGACAGGAACACAACCUCCAGAUGCCAUCGGCUACGAGAGCUACUACAGCCGGGAGCCGGGCCGGCGCGGCAGCAGCCCCACGCAGUCCUGCGGCGUGAUCAAGAGAUUCUCUGGACUGCUGCAUGGGAGCAGCAAAAACAACACGGAAACAGCCACUCCUUCAGCCCCUCCUCUGGAGAGAACAGAAGGAGUCUAUGCAUCCAUUCUGGUAAAUGAAAAAGCUGAGAUCACGUCAUCACAGGACUACAGAGUACUUUAUGACUACACAGCCCAGAACGUGGAUGAGCUGGACAUCAGUGAAGGAGACACCGUGGUUGUCAUCGCAGAGAACGACGACGGCUGGUGGACGGCGGAGAGGAACGGGCAGCGAGGCUUCGUGCCAGGCUCUUACCUCCAAAAGCUUUGAUGAAAGAAUCCCCAGUCCUCAGACUUUACAAAGAUUCUGUUACUGAAAACAGCACCCAAGGUCUGCUUCAGCUGGCCAAGAGCAUCCCAAUAAUAAUGUUUUUUACAACCACCAGUCAGGAAAUAACCAACUGACCAUGCUUUUCUCUCCCUUGCUCCUGCCUCAUCCCAUUAUUCUCCUGGCCUACACUAUCUGAAAAAACUCCUGAGAGAUUAGGGCUUGCAUGUUUUGGCACAGUCCUACCCUCAGCACACUGUGCUGCCAGCAGCGUUGCAAAGCUUGGUGAUCCUGGGAGUAAAAUCCAGCCCAGAUCUCAGCUGUGCAAAGGGAAAAAUCACAGAAGCAAGUGCAGUUGCUGCAGGCUGGAGGACUGUCCCCAGCCAGCCUGGGAGCCACCCUUAUGGUCACAACAGCCACGUUCUCUGCCACGGAUCCCUUUCUCUCCAUGCACAGGCCAUGCUGGCAUUUUUGACAGAGGAUGGUUUAUCAGUCAUGGAUGAAAAUACAAAAACAGUGAAUGCACCCAGAGAGGAGCACCUGAAGGACCAGGACACAUCUCUCAUAGGAAAUCUUGAGACAGUCCCCAUCACAACCAUCUCCUAACACAAUGAAAUCCGUGCUAACCCUGGGCUCUGCUCUGCUCUGGAUUCUGGGACAGAUGAUGUGCCCAAGGCUUGCUUUUGUCUUGCCUGGAAGGUUUCCCUAACGCCUCUCUGGGAUUAUGAAGUUUAAAAAUCCAGCAUCACAAACAGCAGCUGAGCCAAGCCUGCAGCAGUGCUGCACUGCCCUGAUUGCUCUCCUCUGAGCCCCAGAGAAUUGCCAGUUUCCUCUCCCUGCAGUGUCAGCAGAGCAGCCUCCCUUCCACCCGCUCAGCCUCUGCUGCCCAGGCUCCUUCUGCUGCCUGCAGCCUCUGCACCUCUGCCACAGGCACAUCCUGGGCUCAUUCUGCAACAAAACCUCUUCAGAGAUGGUCCACUGUGCAGGUUCAAUGCAUUUCACAGAUUUCAGCUCUAUCAGUCUUUCUAGUUUAAUAUUUAAGAAUGUUUCCAACUGUUACUGUACUGUACAAGGGAUUGAUGAAUAGUUUCUGCCAUUCUUCCCUUUUUGGCAUUUCAAGAUAGUUAAAAAAAAUUUAAAACCUGGUGAUUUAAUUUGAGUCAGAGCAAACUGUUUCUGGGGGCAGAAUGACUGUUUGCCAAGGUUUCAGGCCUUAAAACUGAAUCAAGACAAUGAAAAUUAAUCUUAUUGAUAUCUGAAUAAUCUUAUUGCUAUCUGAAAGGCAAUGGAGGGACUGUUAGCUCAGACACACAAAAGAAAACAAGAGAAAUCGGGACAAAAGAAAAAGGUGUAAUGGUCAAUGCAAUCUUUUCUUAAAUGAAACACAGUGAAGAGGCACUUGCAGUGUCUUAUUCAAUUCUUCCUUCAAGGGUGGAACAGAAGUUCCAGGCCCUUUCCCUUUGGCAGUCCUUGCCACACUCCCCAGCUCCCCCCAGCACAUCCACAGCAGGGCUGGAGGGCCCUGAGCCCCUGGCACCAGCACUGGCCAGGCUGGAAGGGAAGGAGAAGCUUCUGUGACACACCUCAAGUGACACAGAGGUGCAGAGUGGGUCCAGCUCAGCCAGGACAGAAGGGGAGGCUGCCUGACAGCCACAGCAUCCCUUGUUAGCUACAGCAGGAGAGGAAACCAAAAGCACAAGAGAUCCAAUGUAUUCACUUCUUGAACACUCAGUCUUCCACAAAGAAGAAUGUAAUGAACCAAUAAAUAAAUAAAUAAAAAUAGAUGGACAUUUUGCAGAUUAUCUUAAAUAAACAGAAAAAAACCCCCAAAACCACUGAGAUGCACUUUCUCUACUGGUGUGGGACACACA